GGACAGUUUAUGAAUGAUUCAGGUCUUAAUCGCAACAUCUGACUGAUGCUGUGACCUCCUGAUAACCUAAAAUCACUUCUUUAUUCUUCCAACAGAACAAUUCUAGAGAUCUUCCAGAGAUGGCAAAGGUUUUUAAGAAGACCAGUGGAAACGGAGGGCUGACCCUCUACCUGGGGAAGAGAGACUAUGUGGACAAUAUCAGCGAUGUGGAGAAAGUUGAUGGUGUUGUAAAGCUGGACACAGCAAAUUUUGGAGACAGAAAAGUGUUUGUGCAGCUGGCAUGUGCCUUCCGUUAUGGUAGUGAUGACCUGGAUGUGAUGGGCCUGUGCUUCAGGAAGGACAUCUGGAUCCACCAUGUCCAGAUCUACCCUGAGAGCCACAAGCCCACCCUGAGCGCCAUGCACGACACCCUGCUGAAGAAGGCUGGAGAUAACUCAUACCCGUUCACUUUUGAGAUUCCCAACAACCUGCCAUGCUCAGUCUCCCUGCAGCCUGCACCAGACGACAAGGGGAAGUCCUGUGGCGUUGACUUUGAGGUCAAGACUUAUCUUGCCAAUGAAAAGAACAACCCCGAUGAGAAGAUUGAAAAGAAGGACACUGCUCGCCUUGUCAUUCGUAAAAUCCAGUAUGCCCCCAGCCAGGUGGGCGCCGGGCCCAAGGCUGAACUCUGCAAAAGCUUCAUGAUGUCUGACAAGCCUGUUCAUGUAGAAGCUUCGAUGGAUAAAGAUCUCUACUUCCACGGUGAAGAAAUCCCAAUCAAAAUCAAAAUCAACAAUGAGAGCAACAAAACAGUCAAGAAGAUUAAAAUGACUGUGGACCAAACCACAGACAUUGUCCUCUACUCAGCAGACAAAUACACCAAGUCUGUUCUGACCAAAGAGUUUGGAGAGACGGUGGAGCCCAACGGCACCUACGAGAACACCUUGAGCAUCACACCCCUGCUGUCUGAAAACAAGGAGAAAAGGGGGCUGUCACUGGACGGACGACUGAAGGAUGAGGACACCAAUUUGGCUUCCACCACUAUGCUGCGACAGGGUAUUGAAAAAGAAGUGCUGGGAAUCCUGGUUUCCUACAAGAUUAAAAUUAACCUGAUGAUUGCUGGAGGAGGGCUGCUGGGCGGCCUCACAGCCAGUGAUGUCACAGUGGAACUGCCACUGAUGCUCAUGCACCCCAAACCUGAAGAGUAAAGACUGCACAUCAGCUGUCUUGAAAGAAAACUCCCACAUAGUCAAGAGAGGAUGUUACCCUGGAUGUUGAGAAGAAACCCACAGAAAGACAGGAAGGCAAUGAGGGGAAGUGACACAAAACAAAGCUGAUGAUGGAGAAGAAGGAGAAGAAUAAGAGGAAAAGUGCGACUGGUGUCAUGUAACCAUAUAACCAAAGCAACGGAAGAGAUCGACCUUUUCAAUACACCAAGGACAUAAGUACAGAUGUAACAGUAACAUCAGCCUCCUCACAGAUUUUGUUGUUCUUGUUUUGUGGUUUAAUUGAUGUACUUUAGAUGUAGAAGGAGCAUUUGGAUUUCAAAGUAGCAGCCAAGAGACCAAAGACUUGUGUAGAACCACACACAUAAAUGUACAAAGUAAAGAUACUGAUAAAGAUUGUUGCAACUCACUUCAUAGUACAAACAGUGCAAACCCAUAAAAACCACUGUGCUUUCAAUUACAGUGGCUCACCCAUCUAUUAUUUUGAAUGUAAUUCCUUCUGUGGAAUGUAUCAGAUCAUGUUUUUGGCAUCAAAUCAAAUAACCCAAAAUACAAUAAAACUAUUGUAAAACUUGAA